CUUCUUCCCCACAACUCCCGGCCGUUUCUCUCAGGUCCCCGUCCCCCGACGCGACGCAGGACGCACGCCGCCUCCCGCAUCCGCCUCGGCUCGCCCUAGGGUUCGGCACCCAGACGGUCUGGAUGCCCGCUCCGCCAGCGUAGACCCUUCUGCCCGCCCUCCUCCGCCCACGCAGACGCCGGGCCGCCGCAUUCUCGCCGGCCUCAACGUCGGAUCGCCUACUUCCUGGCUUCGGUAUUCUGCCGCCACAACAGCGGCCCGACUUCCACAAGCUGGGGCAACCCUCCCUUCGUGAUGCAUUUGCUGCCAUCUCGGUGCCCUUUUCAAUAAAUUGUUCCUUUUUUUUUGCGACACUUCAAUAAAUUGUUCCUAAUCUGUGGUGCGAUGGAUGCAUGCGAGAUUUUAGUAAUAAUUGAUGUGGUUUUCACUGCACAGUCGGAUGCAAAUUUCAAACUUACAUGAUUGAAUUUUCUCAACUGCGUUUGUUUGUUCAGUUUAUCUAUUUAGAUACUGGCAGUGGUUGUUUAUGCAUUAAUACCUGAUCUGCACUCAUCGAACUCGAUUUGUUACCUAACGUCAUCGGCUCAUCGCUAAUAUGCACCGCAGCGAAUUGUUUUGAAAUUCCUUAGCAAAAAUGUAAUGAAAAAUUCCUUCUAUAGAUCACCUUCACCCUGGGCGUAUUGCCAAAUCAAUGAUGGGUUUGACAGGAGAUUGGGCGUUUGGAUUGGAGCCGUGGACAUCACCAGCGUUGGAGGACCUGCUCCCAGAGCUCUCCCGCGAGGAGCAGCUACGAUUGCAGAGCCACUUGCGCGAGCACGAGCGCAUCCUGAAGCGGUGGAAGAAGAAUUCUCUCCCAUUUGUACAUUCCCUGAUCUCAGAAGAUGAGCGAGACGCCUCCAUCAUCCGCCAUGCCUGCUAUGCUCUCCACCAUUACAAUGCCAAACACCCACGUGAAGGGUUUGAUGCUGUGAAGCCUCUGAUGGGAGCCAGCGUGCGCUUCAAGGGCCAGUUGUGGUUCCACGUCAACUUCUGGGCUCGCUGCCGCAAGAGCAAAAAGAUCAAGCGCUUCUUUGCCGAGGUGCAUUACAAGCCACCCGGCAGCAGCUCUGUCUGCUCAGGCCUGCCAUUUCCAGUCCCAGGAGCUGAGAACCCACCCAGCAGCAGCUCCGUCUGCUCAUACCUGCCAUUUCCAGUCCCAGAAGCUGAGAAGCCAUCCAGCAGCAGCUCUGUCUGCUUGGGCCUGCCAUUUUCAGUCCUAAUUCCCAUCGUUGAAGCUUGCACCAUCAUCCAAGAGCCUCUUGGCAAGUACAGGAGUUGUGCAUUCUGUCGUGGUCACUUGGACAUUUUGCACCCCAUGGGUCGUAAAUUUGUUUGCGGAAACGACAAGGACAGGAUAGAACAACGACUCUUGCCGUGCGGGUCUAUAAGCCCUGAGAUGCCAUUCACUUGCCGCAUGGGGCCGGCCUCUCCCAACAGCCGAGAGGAGGAAGAAGACUAGAGGGAACUCUGAACUGGUCCAUUGGACGCUCAGGGAGAAGAAGAGAAGAGGGAAUUAUGAACUUGGCCCCUUGGACGCCCUUAGGUUCGCAUUGUUGUGUGUUGUGGCCAAUCAAGUCUGGCGGUAGCAGAAAUUCAAUUUUGUUCACAGAUGUUUUGCAAACGGUCGUUGGGUCAUUGUUUGCCAGAGGUUGAUAGAUAUUUGUUCAUUUGAUGUUGAUACCAUA